AUGGUCAACACUACCAUUGAUCAAAACCCGUUAGAUCCCAACUACGAAAAACGCCGCAGCUCUCUCGGAAGCAUGGAAGAUCAAAAUAAAGCCCAAUCUGGUUCUAGCGAUCAGAAUAUCAUGGUAGACAGAGAAGUUGCCCCCUCUUCCCGUGCAAUGUGUUCGGAUCUUUCACAACAGCAUGCUUCUGAAGAUCUCAAAAAGCACACAGAGCGCAGGUCUUCACAGGAGGUAGAUCACUUAUCGACCGUGAACUACAAGAGCACCCCGAACAAUUCGGAGAGUAAUUGA